AGAAUGCCGCCGUCGCAGCUGAAGCGGCUGAAAAGCUCGCUCCGCGAACAAGGCAUCACGGGCCCGCAAAAGUCCAAGAAGCAGAAGAAGUCGCAGGCCAAGAACGCCGACCAGCACCAACGGAGAGCCUCUGCGCUGGCCUCGAUCCGCGAAUCAUUCAAUCCGUUCGAGUUCAAGCACCUUGCGCGUCCCCACAAGCAUGAGUAUGUGUCUGCGCAGGCAGAGAAUGCGCCCAAGAAGAUCCUCGGCCGGCCUGGUGUCACCAAGAGCCAGGGCGAGGAAGCCCGCAGGAAGUCGCUGCUGCCAGAGAUGCAUCGCAAAAACAAAGUCGGAGGUAUCCUGGACAGACGCAUUGGAGAAGACGAUCCGACCAUGAGUCUCGAGGACAAGAUGAUGGCGCGCUUUGAGAGGGAGCAGCAGCGCAAGAGGGGUGGCAAUGUGUUUGAUCUCGAGGACGAUGCCGACGAGGUUCAGCUGACCCACGGCGGGCAGUCGCUGCGUUUUGACGACGACAUUGGUGAGGAGGACUACGAUGCGGCGAGUGUUGCUGGCUCGAGCGAUGACGAGGAUGGCUUCUUGAAGAAGAAGAGGCGGAGAGACGAUGUCGACGGCGAGGCGGAUGGCGAGGCGCCUGCCGAGGAGCAGCCAGAGCGGAAGAAGAGCAAACAAGAGGUCAUGAAGGAGGUUAUCGCCAAGUCGAAACAGCACAAGUACGAGCGUCAGGCACAGAAGGAGGACGAUGACGAGCUGCGAGAUGAGCUUGACAAGGAUCUCAACGACGUUCUGGCUGCGCUGCGUGGACACAUCAACAAGAAGCCUGAGGCUGAAGCACCCAAGAGCUCGCAACUCAACGACUUUGGAAUGAAUGCUGACCGCGCAGCGCUUCUUGCGGGAGCGACACAACAAGACAAGGACAGGGAGUACGACACGAGGGUGCGCCAGCUGCUGCAAGACCAGCGUGCGAAGCCGACGGAACGGACAAAGACGGACGAGGAGAAGGCCAAAGAGGAGGCCAACCGUCUGAAGGAGCUCGAGCAAAAGCGCAUGAAGAGGAUGCGUGGAGAGUCGAUCAGUGAUGAUGAAGAGCCACGCAAGAAGGGUGUCGAGGAGUCUGAUGAAGACGAUGAGGACGAGAGUCUGCCGGACGACGCCGCUGAGUUUGGACUCAAAGCUCCUGGGCAGCUCCGACCAGAAGGUGUCGAAGACGAGGAUGAUUUUAUCAUGGACGACGACCUCAUUGCUACCGAUUCUGAAGCUGAUAUAUCCGAUGACGGGUCUGACGCUGGCUCGGCUGUCGAUGAUACCAUGGCCAUGGACGACGACGACGCAGACUUUCUCAAGGAUGUCAUGCCAGAGCGCAAGGAGCAACCCAAGGCAGUCAAAGGCGUGCUCAGUCUCAGCGCCGAGCCCUCUUCGAAGCUGGCUUUUACGUAUUUGUGUCCGCGAUCACACGAAGAGCUGCUAAAGGUCUUCAAGGAUGUUGCUGCCAACGAUACCUCGACAGUUAUUCAGAGGAUACGAGCGCUCUACCACGCCGGUCUCCAUACCGACAACAAGAACAAGCUUGCCGACUUUGCUUGUGCGCUCAUUGACCAUGUCUCAUACCUCUCGAACCAGACGCCAGCCGCGCCCCUGGCAGUGAUUGAGGCCAUUAUUCGUCACGUUCACUCCAUGUCGCGCUCGUACCCUGUGCAGAUUGCGACCAAAUUCCGAGAGCACUUGAAGCAGCUGCAGGCCUCCAACGACCCUACGCCAGGUGACCUCGCUGUUCUGUCUGCUAUUGGCUCCAUCUUCCCUACCUCUGAUCACUUCCACCAAGUCGUCACGCCAGCCAUCACUCUCAUGGCACGCUGGAUGGGCCUUGGCUCGCCGGCCUCGACCAAAGACGUUGCUACUGGUGCUUUUAUUGGUGCAUUGUGUCUGCAGUACCAGAUGCUAUCAAAGCGAUACAUUCCCGAGUUCAUCCGCUAUACUGGACUCUGCCUUAGUUCGGAACAUGCUACGCCUGCGCUUCUAGCCGCUCACAGCAAGAAUGUAAUCACGGCUGCCGAACUCUGGGGUGCGUCGACAGCGUUUAUCGAGAUUUUCACACCCCUCCUGGCACCUCUGGAGGCGGCCAAGCAAACUUCAACACUGCAAAACGUACAUGCACGCCUCUCGCUUGCGCGGUCUAAACGACGUCCUCUCCUGCUCCACAACCACCGGCCGCUCCCCAUCAAAUCCAACAUUCCCAAGUUUGAAGAGUCGUUUGAUCCCAACCGCCACUACGACCCCGACAAGGAGCGGUCGGAAGCCAAGAAGCUGCAGAAGGAGUACAAGCGCGAGCGGAAGGGAGCGCUGCGCGAGCUACGCAAGGACGCCAACUUCAUUGCUCGGGAGAGCCUCAAGGAGAAGAAGGAGAAGGAUCGUGCGUACGAGACCAAGUACAGGCGGCUGGUGGCAGAGAUCCAGGGCGAAGAGGGCAGGGAGAAGAACACCUACGAGAGGGAGAAGAAGGCGAGGAAGAGGUCGUAG